AUGGGCGAGGAAAUUACCGACAAAGACCUUCUGGGGGAGAAGGCUGAGAUGAGCCACGAGGAGGUCGCCCAGCUGGCUCAGUUGACCGAAGAAGAGAAAGUGAUCGAGAAAAAACUGCGGCGACGCCUUGACUCUACCAUCAUGCCGCUUGUUAUUCUCGUCUAUCUCAUGAACUAUAUUGAUCGGAACAAUUACCCAGCUGCUCGUUUACAAGGUCUCGAACGCGAUCUCAAGCUCAGCGAUGCCGACUAUCAAACUGGUCUUUCCAUUCUAUUCGUCGGAUACAUUCUCAUGCAAGUGCCGUCCAACCUGAUCCUGAACUAUAUGGGACGGCCGUCGCUAUAUCUGGGAUUCUUCACGGCCGCAUGGGGCCUGGUCUCGCUGCUGACGAGCCAAGUCAAGAGCUUCGGUGGAAUCGUCGCUUGUCGGUUCAUCCUGGGUCUGGUCGAGGCUCCAUUCUUCGCUGGUGUGCUCUUCUACCUCUCCAAGUGGUACACCAAGAAGGAGCUAGCUCUGCGCAUGAGUAUCUUCUACGCAGGCUCCCUCCUCAGCGGAGCAUUCGGAAGUCUCAUCGCGGCAGGUAUCCUGAAGGGUCUCGAUGGAAAACACGGCCUAGCAGCCUGGCAAUGGCUGUACAUUAUUGAGGGCGCCAUCACCAUAGCCGUCGGCAUCGCGGUCAUGAUACUCCUGCCCGACUUCCCCUCCACCUGGAAGCGCCUUUCCGAGGAGGAACGCCACGUUGCGAACCGCCGACUGGCCAUCGAAGCCGCCGAUGCCGACGUCGACGAAGCCGGCAAGAUGAGCCAGGUCAAGGGCCUCAAGCUCGCCUUCAGCGACAUCAAGACCUACGUUCUCGCCAUCGCCUACAUGUCCAUCACCGGCGCCAGCGGCUUCCAGAACUUCUUCCCCACGCUCACAUCAACACUCAAGUACGACCACUUCAUCUCCCUCCUGCUCGUCGCACCGCCCUACAUCUUCGUCGUCUUCUACAGCAUGGCGCACUCCCACCUCUCCGACCGCUUCGGCAACCGCUUCUGGUUCUUCUUCUACCCAAUCCCCGUCACGAUCAUCGGCUUCAUCAUCUUCAUGACAACGGACAGCUUCGGACCAAAGUACUUCUCCUUCUUCCUCAUGAACAUCAUCUUCGCCCAGAACGGCACCAUCUACGCCUGGAUCGGAAACGCCAUCCCCCGUCCCCCGGCUAAGCGCGCCGCCGCCUACGCCUUCAUCAACUCCAUCGGUAACUCCGCCAGUAUCUGGACCCCCUACACCUACCGCCAGCAGGACUACCCGCACUACCGUCCCGCGCUGGGCGUGUGCAUCGGGCUGCAAACACUCGGCGGUAUCAUGGCAAUCAUCAUGUACUUCCAUCUGCGCUCGUUGAACAAGCGCCUGGAGCGGCUGGAUGAUAGCGAGGUGACGCUCACGGAUAAGGAGAUACGGCGGCUGGAGCGCACGGCGGAGAUCGAGGGGAUUGACCUCGCGGCCGCACGUCGGCUGCAGAAGGGAUUCAGAUAUCUCUUGUAA